UAAGUAAAAGGAAUAGGGCCUUAUUUCCGAUUAUAUUCAAGUCAAUACAUUACCUAAAUUUAUUUACAGGUUAAAAAUUUCUCAUUAGUUUUUUUUUUCUUCUUUUUUUUUAAGGAGUAUAUUAUUUUUUACUAGUAAAAGUUAAAUAUUCUUUAAAUUUUUUUUUUUUUUUUUUGUGCACUUCCUCGAGAGUCUAUUAUGGAUUACUAAUUAGAAUGUCUAUUUGAAGCCAUUUAAAGGAGUCGGUAAGUUUUACCAAAAAAAAAAAGGAGUCGGUAAGUGAAACAAAAAAAACAAAAGCCUUGGUUAAAUUUUGAAAUUGGUGAGUCCAGAACACCUGAGAAUUCUCAUGUAUGAUGUAUUGAUGUUUGUAUGUGGGUGGGUGGGGACGUGAAGCGGUGUAGUACUAUCUUGAUUGUAACUUUAAGGCAAUUAUGCUGGAGAUAUUUUUCCUGUAAUGAUUGAUUUAUUGAGAUUUUGUUGGGGACUUGGGCAGUAGUGAAUACUUGUAUUCUUUUGUGCGGAUCGGAGUGGCGGAGUACCUAGUAAGGCUAGUAAUUUGUCUUUAUCUUCCCUGUUAUUUUCAUCUAUCUUCCAUACUUUAAUAUUUUAUCUAUCCUCAUCUUCUUUUCAUCAAACUUCUGAUAUCCCUGAGCUUGUUGGAGAUUACACUAAUCUUAUGGGGUUAUUUUCAUCUAUCUUCCAUACUUUUAUAUUUUGUCUAUCCUCCCUCUUCUUUUCAUCAAACUUCUGAUAUCCCUGAGCUUGUUGGAGAUUACACUAAUCUUAUGGCCUGGUUAAUAUAAUACGUACUUAAUGUCUAAGAGAUAGACUUGUCAAGACCCGACGCGGGUUCAAACUUAACCCAAUUCGACCCAUUUAUCAGUAUUUUGUAAUGAUAUUAUGUUUUUACAUUGUUUGAGUUUUUUUUUUUUUUUUUUUUUUUUUUUUUUUCACACAACCCGAAACCUAACCUAAGCCCGACUUGUUGAUUUGUAAUAGUGGAAAUAUGUAUUCAUCACAAACUACCAAAAUAUAUACUUGUACAAACCAAGUGCAUGCUCAUUUACCAAUAUUGUUGACAAUGAAGACAUAUACUUUCUCUAUUUUUUAAUUAUUGCACUAUUUGUCUUUUAAAGAAAUUUCAUAUAUAUUGCACUAUAUCCAUUUUAGGAAACAAAAUAUCUCUAUUCACAUUGCAAAUACCAUAUGUACCUUUACUUUUAACACUUGAUUAUUUAGUUAGGGUUUAUAUCAUAUGAAUUAUUUUGUAUUUUACCCCCUUUUUUUUUUUUUUUUUUUUUUUUUUUUUUUGGCUACUAUAAAAAAAAAGUGUGUUCAACCUCUAUGGUGCAACAAUAAAAGAACGGAAAAAGUAUGAUAAUUGUAUUAUGACAUCCUUCAUCUUGCGUUAAAGAAAUUUUGAUAUAAUCUAACAUGAUUCAUGAAAACACUAAUCAUGAUUCAUGAGGAUUCUUGACUAAACACUCUCAACUAACUCCAAUUAUAUUGGGAAAUAAUGUCAUGUUUUUUUUAUUUGGUAGGUUCCACUUACUUUUUUGGGAAAUAAUGUCAUUUUUUUUUUUUUAAUAUUUUUUAUUUUUAUUUGGUAGGUUCACUCAAUUUUAACUUUUAUAAUAAUCACUUCUUCAAAAACUUUUCAUUUUCUGAUUUUUUAAAAAUUAAAGCAAUAAAGUUCACCCUCACGUGCUUUAAUUUUACUCUUUGCAUAGGAAGACUCUUAAUUUCUUAAUUCCCGUAAAAAAAUAAGAAAUGAUCACAGAGGGAGUAUUAACAUGUGCUUACUUUCUCUCCAUUCUUCUUCCUUGCUCAUAAAUGGUGGCCCUAGUUUGGUACAGCCCGUUAUUAACCCAAACCAACCCUUGUGACCCGUCCAACAAAUGCUUUACACGGUUACACCCAUGCUUAAGAACUAUUCUCCAUGUUGGUUUAUAUUCAGUAGGCUAAUGAUAAAGCAUCGUCCAUCCUAUAAAUAUGAAGUCAUGAACAUUAUUUGAACUUGCAAACCAAAGAGACAAAAUAAGAGAGCAUUAGUUAAGCUCCAAACCACAAAUAAUAAAAAAGAAAAAAAAUAAAAUAAAACAUGGUGAAAGAGGCAGAAGUGAACUUCAUCUCAGAAUGCUUCAUCCAUCCAGAUCCCGAGAUUGUUAGUGAAGCCUUAAAGAAACCUUACCACUUAAGCCCUAUGGACCUUGACAUGCUAUGCUAUGAUCACAUGCAAAAAGGUCUCAUGUAUACCAAACCUUACAAUGCAGGUUUUCAAACUGAGGUUUUCCUGCAGAAACUUAAACUCUCUCUUUCUCUUUCUCUCCUCCAUUUCUACCUACUAGCUGGCCGCUUUGCGACCCAAACUUUACCAGAUGAACAUGCUUAUUGCAUCUUCCUUGAUUGUGUCAACAGCCCUGGUACUAGAUUCAUCCAUGCUUCCCUAGACUCUACUGUAUCUGACAUUCUCUCCUGCACUGACGCUCAUCCCAUUUUCAGAUCUUUUUUUAAUCUCGGUGAUAAGGCAGUUAAUUAUGAUGGUCACACUAAUGCUCUAUUAUCACUCCAGGUUACAGAGCUUGUAGAUGGGCUAUUCAUCGGAUUUUCCAUUAGCCAUUCAGUAGGAGAUGGCACGUCCCUUAUACAUUAUAUCACCACCUUGUCAGAGUUGAAAAUCUCUGUUGGUAACAAACUGCAGAAUGGGGAAGAACUAACCUAUGCUACCAUCUCUAGGAAACCAAUCUUUAAGCCCUUCUUUCCUGAUGGAUAUGGCCCAUUUCUUAAGCUACCAUAUGUUGAACCAUCUAAGUUUUUGGCCUGGAAAAAUCCUGACCCCAUUAGAGAAAAAAUAUUUCACUUUUCAAGAGUGUCAAUGUCAAGGCUUAAAGCCAGAGCAAACAACAACAUACAUCAUGGAGGAACCCAUAAAAAUGAAAUUUCUACUUUCCAAGCGAUGUCGGGGCUUAUUUGGAGGGCUAUUACCCGAGCUCGAAAACUAGAUCCUGAAAUGGAGACUAACUGUUCUCUAACCGUGAACUUGAGGCCUCGUUUGAUUCCCCCACUUCCGCAAGAAUACUUUGGGAAUUAUUUCUCCAGGAUUAAGGCCAGUUGCAAAGUUGGGGAGCUCUUAAACAGUGACUUGGGCUGGGGUUCAUUGUUGCUUCAUGCAAGUAUAAAAAACAUGGAUGAUCAAGCAAUUAAUGAAUCUAUUAGGUAGUAUUGUGAGGCUCCAUCUAUAGGCCAACUUGCUAAUGAUUCCACAUUCUUUGGGCCUAAUCAUGUGAAAAUUGUCGGGUCGCAUAGGUUCAAUUUGUUUGGGAAUGAAUUUGGAAUGGGAAGACCCGUGGCUAUUCGUGCUGGAAAGGGAAACAAAGUUGAUGGAAGAGUGGCUGCUAGUCAAGGAAGUGAAGGGGAAGGGAGCGUUGAUCUAGAGGUUUGCCUUGUGCCUCUAACUAUGAACGCUCUUGAAAUGGAUGAAGAGUUUAUGAGUUUUGUUGCACUAAGUUAAUUCCUUCAAAGAUCUAGUGUUCGUGUUAGGAUGCGAGUCCAAUAAGUCUAAUAUGCAUCUGACGGAUGUGUUGUUGUGUCGCAAUGUUAUUAGGGUUGGGAGUAUGCUGCGCUUUGGGCUGGAGAGUGCUAUGAUCCACUCAGCCUGUGUGUUUUUAUGGUUUAGGUGUCUGGCUUGUACUUGUGUGUUUGCUACUGGACUACAGUUGUGUUU